CCCGGCCCCACGCCGCCCGCCCCGGCCCCGGCCCCGGCCCCGCACCGCCCGCGACGGCCCCACGCCGCCCACCCACGGCCGCCCGCCGCCGCCGUUCCGGCGCGAUUUUUUUUUUUCCUCCCGUCCUUUCUCUCCUGCAACUUGCAAAAGUUUCUCUCCCCACUCUUGGUGUUUUUUUUUGCUUUUUGUUUGUUUGGGGUUUUUUUUUGGGGGGGGGUGUUCUUUUGACUUAGAAGGGUAGGGAUAAGUAAUAACAAUAAUAAAAAACUUUUGCAAACUUUUUUUCCAGCUUUCUCCCUCUCCCCAGCCGGGCUUCACGCUGGUGGAGACUUCGCCUCUGCUAGUUUUACUUUUUUAACCCUUCCGAGCCCCUUAGCCACCUGAUUUUUUUUUAUUACUUUUUUUCACCCCCUGUCCUUCCCCUGCCACUUUCUCGCAUGAAUCUCCUAGACCCCUUCAUGAAAAUGACAGAAGAACAGGACAAAUGUAUCUCCGACGCCCCCAGCCCCACCAUGUCGGAUGACUCCGCCGGGUCCCCCUGUCCCUCUGGAUCCGGCUCGGACACGGAGAACACCAGACCCCAAGAAAAUACCUUCCCCAAGGGUGACCCGGACCUGAAGAAGGAGAGCGACGAGGACAAGUUCCCGGUGUGCAUCCGAGAGGCGGUGAGCCAAGUGCUCAAGGGCUACGACUGGACCCUGGUGCCCAUGCCGGUCCGGGUGAACGGAUCCAGCAAAAACAAGCCCCACGUGAAGAGACCCAUGAACGCGUUCAUGGUGUGGGCGCAGGCGGCCCGGAGGAAGCUGGCUGACCAGUACCCGCAUCUGCACAACGCGGAGCUCAGCAAGACCCUGGGCAAGCUCUGGAGGCUGCUGAACGAGAGCGAGAAGCGUCCCUUUGUGGAGGAGGCCGAGCGGCUGCGGGUGCAGCACAAGAAGGACCACCCCGACUACAAGUACCAGCCGCGGCGGAGAAAGUCGGUGAAGAACGGGCAGUCGGAGCAGGAGGAGGGCUCUGAGCAAACCCACAUCUCCCCCAACGCCAUCUUCAAGGCGCUGCAGGCGGACUCCCCGCAGUCAUCCUCCAGCAUCAGCGAGGUGCACUCCCCUGGGGAGCACUCGGGGCAAUCGCAGGGCCCCCCCACGCCCCCCACCACCCCCAAGACGGACGCGCAGCCAGGCAAGCAGGACCUGAAGCGGGAAGGCCGCCCCCUGCAAGAAGGCGGCCGGCAGCCGCCCCACAUCGACUUCCGAGACGUGGACAUCGGCGAGCUCAGCAGCGACGUCAUCUCCAACAUCGAGACCUUCGACGUCAAUGAGUUCGAUCAGUACCUCCCCCCCAACGGCCACCCAGGGGUCCCGGCCACCCACGGGCAGCCCGGCCAGGUCACCUACACCGGCAGUUACGGCAUCAGCAGCACGUCGGGCUCGCAAGCCGGGACCGGCCACGUCUGGAUGUCCAAGCAGCAGCCGCAGGCGCCGCCGCAGCCCCCGCCGCAGCCCCAGCCCCAGCCCCAGCCGCAGCACGGGCUGCCGGCGCUGAGCGGCGAGCAGGGCCAGGCGCAGCAGAGGACGCACAUCAAGACGGAGCAGCUCAGCCCCAGCCACUACAGCGAGCAGCAGCAGCACUCCCCGCAGCAGAUCAACUACAGCUCCUUCAACCUCCAGCACUACAGCUCCUCCUACCCCACCAUCACCCGCUCCCAGUACGACUACACCGACCACCAGAACUCCAGCUCCUACUACAGCCACGCUGCCGGCCAGAGCAGCAGCCUCUACUCCACCUUCACCUACAUGAACCCCACACAGCGCCCCAUGUACACCCCUAUUGCAGACACUUCUGGGGUCCCCUCCAUCCCCCAGACCCACAGCCCGCAGCACUGGGAACAGCCCGUCUACACACAGCUCACCAGACCCUAAAGCCAUUUAGGAAAAAAAAAAAAUUUUAAAAAAAAAAUCAAAAAAGCACGAAAGAAGCAAGAAGAAGAAUGGAGAACUUCCUCAGACUUUUUCCUUCUUUGAAAUUAAAAUAAUUAAAAAAAAAAAAAAGAUGCUAAAGCUGGCAGGGAGGAGAGAGCGCCUCGAGCCUUCUGCACUACAGCAUCCUCCAGGAAAUGGCCAGACUGCUCAGAGAACUGGCAAAACUUGGUACAGACUUUUCAAGGACUGGACUUUAACUCUGCUUCCAGGGCACGGUGUGGAGAUGAGAUUUCUAACCAACCAGCUCAGCUGUCUGUUCUCUGGACUUUUGUAAUGAUUUUUUUUUUUAGCAGUAAUUAAAAAAAAAAAAAGAAAAAAAGGGGGGGAAAAAAAAGAGAAAACUCAGAGUCCUCUGUGAGGAAUAUUCUCUAUUUUAAAUAUUUUUUAGUAUGUACUGUGUAUGAUUCGUUACCAAUUUGAGGGGAUUUAUACAUAUUUUUUAGAGAUUUUUUUUAAAUGCUCUUAUUUUUCCAACAGCUAAAAAAUGACACUUAGAGCAGCCCUAGGUUUUCUUGCAGUCAGAGGUAUUUUUGUAUAGAUAAGUGUCUGUUUCUCUAAAAAUAAAAAUGCAAAACGGCAUGCUUUUAACUUGGAACAAAGCUCGGUUAAGUGGCCGGUGUCGGGCUUAGCGAUGGUCAGCUCUACAGUGUGCGGGAGAUGUGAGCUGAGAUUGUGCGGGGAUGAGCAUGGGAGAGGCUUUAUUUUUCUAAUUAAUAGCAAAACCAGCCAGGAGGAGAUUUUAACUUUAUUUUUUAAUAACCUUGAGCCUUAAGAAAGAAAAACAGAGAUUUUUUUUUUUUUAAAUGGCAAAAAGUGCUGUUGUGAAGCCUUAAAAGCAGCCCUGUGAUAAUCACUUGUCCCCAGCUCUGCCUGUCCCUGGGACUUGGGGGGGGACUGAGCUCUAACCCCUCCAGCCACCCCCGAUCGCCCCCCCGGCUGCCCUGGCCUGAUGCAAAACCCAUCCAGGGGCCCCUCUCUGCUUGCGGGACAUCACAGAUACUUUAAAUUAUUUAUUUUGUGAGAAGAGCAGUUUUUAAUCCACAAUUUACUUUUUUUUUAUCUCCCUUCUAUUUUAAGUCCUUUCAAAAGCAAUUGCAUUUGUUGGAGCAUUAUUUGGAAGGUAACCGUGCCUGUUAAAUUAUGGUCUAAACUGUAACCAGUCCUUUAUUUAUCUCUUUAAUUCUUUUUUAUUAUUAUUAUUCUUUUUGGAAUCUGUGUCCUGGGUUUGUACAAACUUGUGCUCUUCCAUUUUUUUCUUUUGUCUUAAGGAUAAACUGGAAAAAAAAUAAUUGUACAAACUAAAGAUUGCAAAUGUAGCGUAUCACUGAAUCAUUUGCCUUGUUUUCUGCCUCAGCUCUCUGGGACACACGAGCUCGUGCGAGGACGAGACCCAACGCCCCGGCCGUGCCGCGGGGGCGGCACCGUUUUAGCCUUCCACCCCCAAAACUGGCUUGAGGUGGGGACACUGACUUUGGUGAAGCUGUGGCCGAACAGUUAAGGAUUGCUUUUUAAAAAAGACAGCAAACUUUUUUUAUUUAAAAAAAAUGAUAUAUUUGUUAACAUUUUUUUUUAGGGAUUCAGUAGAAGAAAAAAUCUUAAAGCACUCUUAUAAUAUGGCAUCUUUCUAUUUCUGUAUAAAAGCAGAUCUUUUUAAAGUAUUUCUGUAACUUAAAAGACCUGUCAUUUAAAUCAUAUUUUGUCUUUAGGUAAGUUUUUUUUUGUUUUGUUUGCAAGAUUCUUCUCUUUGUGAAACUUACCUUUUUUUUUUUGUAUAUUAUUGUUUGCAAUAAAUAUACAUUGUAUUAAAACUUAACACACCCCA